AUGCUCAGCAAAAUGUUUGCGAUUGGAAUUUCUUUAGUGUUAUGUUUUGCCUUAGUGAUUUUAGAAAGUGUAGAUGCUCAGUGUAUAGGAGAUCGUUACAAUACCAUGUUAUCUUGUUGGAAUAUUAAAAAAAUUUCUCGAGAAAGUUUGAACAAAACUUUUGAAAACUGUACCUCUUUACACAUAAUCAAUACCACCGAACCCCUUGGAAUAUCUGCAUUUAGAAACAUGAAAAAUCUAAUACACCUUAAGAUAUCAGGCGACCGAAUAGGACUAAUAUUUUCUGAAACAUUUAAAGAUAUGCCACAUUUAAAAGAUGUACAUAUAGAAUUUAUUAAAAUAGGAGAUAUUCAAGAAUCAGCGUUUUUCAAUUUACCGGAAUUGGAAUUUGUAACAAUAAUAAAUAUGGAUAUUCCAUUUUUAAGAAGAGGCCUUUUCCGAAAUGACCCACAACUUUUCUCAAUCAGUUUUUACAAUUCCAAUAUACAUUAUAUACAAAAUGAUCCUUUUUACGACGUGCCAAAAUUAAAAGAACUUUUUCUUGAUAACAACUUGUUAACUGUUGUGACGAAAGAUAUGCUCAAUAAAUUGACUAAUUUGGAAAUUCUCAUUUUGUCUAAUAACAAUAUAUCAAUAAUAGAAAAUAAUAGUUUUUACCAAACUCCGCAUUUAUCAUACUUGGAUUUAAUGAACAAUCAACUGAAAGAACUUGAUUGGAAUAUGUUUCCUACGACCGGAAUGAAAUAUUUGCAAGAGAUUUAUUUAAAUGGUAAUCAAUUGAUGUAUCUGCCAUCCACAUUUUUUAAUAAAACACCCAAAUUAGAGAAAUUUGGCAUUAAUGGCAAUCCAUGGCUCUGCCCUUGUCUGAGAGAUAUCGAGAGGAUUUUGAACGAAAACAACAUUCGAGAAUUGUGGUCUCGGCCAAAAUCAACAGAUGUAUCAGUUCAACAGCCUUCGCCGAGAAUUCCCAUUUGCAUCAACAGGAAUGUCUCGAACGAUAUUUGUACGAAUACGUAUAGUGAAGAAUUAAGUAAAAAAUAUUGGAAAUACUUGGAAGAUUACGAAGAUUUUUUUUAUAAAUUACCAUCAGAAUUCUGA